AUUUAUUUCCUACUCGUUAUUAUUGCUUGCAAGUAGUAGAGCAAUAACCUUUUUUCCUUUAUCUCCUUACAACAAGCUUAAGUGUUCAUAAUAUUUGUUUUUUAACUUAAUUAAGUAAUUAAUCAUCAUGGCCAAGUCUUGUUCUAGUGAAAAGAACAAUAAUAAUGGAUUGAAGAAGGGUCCAUGGACUCCGGAGGAAGAUCAAAAACUCAUUGAUUACAUUCAGAAACAUGGGCAUGGCAAGUGGCGAACCCUUCCUAAGAAUGCAGGAUUAAAGAGAUGUGGAAAGAGUUGCCGGCUAAGGUGGGCUAAUUACUUGAGGCCUGAUAUAAAGAGAGGAAGAUUCUCAUUUGAAGAAGAAGAAAUGAUCAUCCAGUUACACACUGUUUUGGGAAACAAGUGGUCUACAAUUGCUGCUAAUUUACCCGGAAGAACAGAUAAUGAGAUUAAGAAUUAUUGGAACACUCACAUCAAGAAGAAAUUGUUGAAGAUGGGGAUUGAUCCAAUUACUCAUACACCACGCCUUGAUGUUCUUCAACUCUCUUCAAUUCUAAGCUCAACCUUAUACAAUAACAAUAAUUCACCCCAAAUUAAUAAUAAUUAUUACCCUACCCUCUUUGGUAUUGGAUCAUCAAGUGUUGCAAAUAAUCCAAGCCAAGUCCUAAGUUUGCUCGCAUCUCUUCUAUCGUAUCAAAGCAGAAACAAUGACAACAUUUUAAAUCAGCAGAUUCGAACAGAAUUGUCUCCGACAGAAAAUAACAGCAAUUUUAGUCAAAAAUAUUUCAUCCAACAAAACCAACUUGGUACUAUUAGCCCUCUAUUAUUGCAAAAUCAAAUUCACCUUAACCCUAGCCAAGCCUUCCAACCAAACCAACCUUGUGCUAAUAAUUUUCAUGUGGAAACCCAAAACAUGAAAUCAAAAUUAGAGCCUCAAAUCCCUUUUAACCAUCAAAAUACAUUACCAAAUUUGUGGCACUAUAAUGGUGGCGGUUACAUGGCUAAUCAACAAGGUUUUCCUUCCUUGCUGGAAAAUAAUCAGAUUUUGUGUCGUGAAGAGAUUAUGGCUAAUUUCAAUUUGAUGAACUCAAUGUUAUCCACUUCUACAGCUUCAUCUUCUAGCCCCAGUAAUUUGAAUUCAUCAUCUUCAACAACAUUUGUCAAUGGGACAACAACCACCGAAGAUGAAAGGGACAGUUAUGGAAGCAACAUGUUGAUGUAUAAAUAUAAUAUAUCAAAUAGAUUGAAUAACUCUGGACUUUUGUGAUUGCAUUGAACUCAGUUUUAUCAUUUCAAGUUGUGCUGUAAUAUGCUCAUUAUUAUAUUAUUAGUUUUGUCAAUACUUUACAUUUGUUUAGUUCAGUUUUAAGA